UCUCCGCAGCCAUGUCGAGAAGAGCCAAGCUCGACUUUUCCGAGGUGGAAAGUUUCCUGGAUAACCACCCGGAUCUUUUCGAAGACUAUCUCCUGAGGAAAGGGAAAGCCAGCGCCGUGCAGAAGUGGCUCAAGCUGCAGCAUCAGACCAAGGCGCCCGCGGCGCCCCCGACUCCCAUCUCGGAGGAGAAACCCAUCACCGCCUCCAAGGAGUGCUGGACCACCAGAGGCGAUGGGCUGCAGAGGAGACCCUCGCAGAAAGAACUCAGGAAAACUUUCGCCAGGUCCAAAGCUCUGACUGUCAACAGGACUUACGACGAGCAUGUGAACUCCAGGGACAAGGAGCCCCUGUCCAGCAUGAGGAGGAGAGCUCUCUUGAGGAAGGCCAGCUCCUUGCCUCCCACCACAGCUCACAUCCUGAGUGCACUGCUGGAAUCCAGGGUCAACAUCCCCCAAUACGCCUCCAGAGCCAUCGACUACAAAUACGAAGUCAAGGACACCAACGAGAGGGAGUUCUUCCUGGAACUGGUCAAAGACAUCUCCAAUGACCUGGACUUGACCAGCCUGAGCUACAAGAUCCUGAUAUUUGUCUGCAUCCUGGUGGACGCCGACCGAUGUUCCUUGUUCCUGGUGGAAGGCACUGCCAACAAGAAGACCCUGGUGUCCAAAUUCUUCGAUGUGCACGCAGGCACCACCGUGCUCCCCUCGUCCAGUGUGGAGAACUCCAACGAGGUGCAGGUGCCAUGGGGCAAAGGGAUCAUUGGGUAUGUGGCUGAACAUGGAGAGACAGUCAAUAUCCCUGAUACCUAUCAGGACAGUCGCUUCAAGGACGAAAUCGAUAAGUUGACAGGAUACAAGACUAAGUCGCUUCUGUGUAUGCCGAUUCGAAACAGCGAUGGGGAAAUUAUCAGUGUUGCCCAAGCUAUAAACAAAAAUCCUGGAGGAGCUCCAUUCACUGAGGAUGAUGAAAAGGUGCUGGGGAUGUACCUCCCAUUCUGCGGGAUUGCGAUUUCGAACGCUCAGCUGUUUGCUGCUUCUAGAAAGGAGUACGACCGAAGCAGAGCUCUGCUGGAAGUUGUCAACGACUUGUUUGAAGAGCAGACAGACUUGGAGAAAAUCGUUCGGACGAUAAUGCAUCGCGCCCAGACACUGCUGAAAUGUGAGCGCUGUUCUGUGCUGCUCCUCGAAGACAUUGAAUCACCGGUGGUGAAGUUUACAAAAUCCUUUGAGCUCCUGUCACCCAAAUGCAGUGCUGAUGCCGAAAGCAGCUUAAAAGACAGCAUAGAAAAAUCAUUGUAUUCAGACUGGCUAAUUAACAACAGCAUCGCUGAACUUGUAGCUUCCACUGGUCUUCCAGUGAAUAUCGGUGAUGCAUCAGACCCACGGUUUGAUGCAGAAGCUGAUCAGAUUUCGGGUUUUCAUAUCCGAUCAGUCCUGUGUGUACCAAUAUGGAACAGUACGCACCAGAUCAUUGGUGUGGCUCAGGUCCUUAACAGGAUUGAUGGGAAACCCUUUGAUGAUGCUGAUCAACGACUCUUUGAGGCUUUUGUUAUUUUCUGUGGCCUCGGCAUCAACAACACAAUAAUGUACAACCAAGUGAAAAAAUCAUGGGCCAAGCAGUCGGUAGCUCUUGACGUCCUCUCCUAUCAUGCCACAUGUUUGAAAUCUGAAGUGGACAAAUUUAAGGCAGCGAACAUUCCGAUCGUUACUGAACUCGCUAUUGACAAAUUCCAUUUCAAUGACUUCUCUCUUGAUAUGGACGGCAUGAUCACCGCAGCCCUGAGGAUGUUUAUGGAGCUGGGAAUGGUGCAGAAGUUUAAAAUUGAUUACGAGACUCUGUGCAGAUGGUUAUUAACUGUCAGGAAGAACUAUAGAACGGUUCCUUAUCACAACUGGCGGCAUGCGUUUAAUGUGUCCCAGUGCAUGUUUGCAAUGCUGACAACAGCAGGUUUUCACGAAAUUCUGACAGACACUGAAGUUCUUGGUCUGAUGGUCGGCUGCCUGUGCCACGACCUGGACCACAGAGGCACCAACAAUGCUUUCCAGGCAAAGAGUGGCUCUGCCCUGGCACAGCUGUAUGGCACCUCGGCUACUCUCGAACUUCAUCACUUCAAUCAUGCAGUCAUGAUUCUUCAGAGUGAGGGUCACAAUAUCUUUGCCAGCCUAUCCUCUGGGGAAUAUAGUGACAUCAUGCAGCUUUUGAAACAAUCCAUCCUGGCAACAGAUCUCACUCUCUACUUUGAACAACGAAUGAACUUUUUCGAACUGGUGAAAUCAGAAGAGUACAACUGGAAUGUAAAGGAUCAGCGAGGAGUACUCAGGUCAAUGUUGAUGACAGCCUGUGACCUAGGGGCUGUGACGAAGCCGUGGGAGAUAUCACGACAGGUAGCUGAACUGGUUACCAGUGAAUUCUUUGAACAAGGAGACAGAGAAAGAGCGGAGCUGAAACUCAUCCCUUCAGCCAUUUUUGAUCGCAACAGAAAAGAUGAACUGCCAAGCCUGCAGUUGGAAUGGAUUGAUGGGAUAUGUCUGCCCCUCUAUGAGGCUCUCGUGCGAGUGAACCCGAAGCUCAAGCCGAUGCUAAACGGGAUAACAGGGAACAGGUCCAAGUGGGAGGAAAUGCACCAAAAGGGACAGAUGUCCCAGGAAGGUAGUGACACCUCCAGCUGUAGUGUGUCUGUGCCAGACAGCAGCUAGAAGUCGAGAUGUGGUUGGCAAGGAUGAGCAAUCUCCCUGACGUGGCUGCUGUUCAGAUGGAUUAAUACAUUCUCCCGUUGUGCUUUGCAAGGGCGAUUGCUAAUGCUCAAGCCCCGGUGAGCUGCUGCUGCACAGAACGGAAUCCCUCAAUUCACAAUUAAGAGGGAAAGCAACAAAAUA